CUUGUCCUGUGGUGCAGCUCCAGCCCCCAGCCGUGUCCAUUGAAAGUCGGAAGUUGUUUUCUAGUUAGUGAAACUUUACAAAAUGGCAGAAGACAACUCUUAUGAGUCCAUGCUCUGCGUCAAGCCCGAGGUCCACGUUUACCGGAUCCCGCCGCGCGCCUCUAACCGGGGAUAUCGUGCUGCUGACUGGAAGCUGGAUGAACCUGCAUGGAGUGGUAGACUGAAAAUCACUGCGAAAGGCAAGAUGGCUUUCAUAAAGUUAGAAGACAAAAACACAGGAGAGCUGUUUGCACAAGCUCCAGUCGACCAGUAUCCAGGUUGUGUAGUUGAAGCAGUCACCGACUCCAGCAGGUAUUUUGUGAUACGGAUAGAGGAUGGCAAUGGACGUCAUGCUUUUAUUGGUCUGGGCUUUGCUGAUCGUGGAGACUCAUUUGACUUCAAUGUUGCUUUACAAGACCAUUUUAAAUGGGUGAAGCAAGAGGGUGAGCUCGCAAAACUGGAAGCUUCUGAGAGCGCAGCACCUAAGCUGGACCUGAGCUUCAAAGAGGGACAGACAAUCAAGAUCAGCAUUGGGAACAUUAAGAAAAAGGAUGCAGGUGGUGUCAAACCUAGGCAAAUGGUUGGGGGCCUGCUCCCACCUCCACCAGGCGCAAAGGCUGGAAGCACCAUGCAACCUCCUGGAGGACAGCAGACAGUCCCAGCUGUUGAGACUAACACUGCCUCUCUAUUAGACUUUGGUUCCCCCAUCCCUGCAGCCCAGCCCAGCUCGGACGGUUGGGGGGAUUUCACAUCUGCAGGUUCCAACUCCAGUAAAGAUGCUGUCCAGUCAGGAUGGGUGCAGUUUAGUUGAGUUGUGAGAAAACGUGCACGCACUCAGGUUACAUACAUUCCAUGUGCAGGACCAUUGUGGCAAAAAGAAAAGAAACUAAGAGAGAGGAACUGUUAGUAAAACUUGACCGGCUCUGUCACUGCACUUGUUCUGUAAAGAGUCUGUUUAUGUCGACCAUAGCCCGCUGACCAACACAUUCUGAAGGAACAAACAGCAAAAUGUACUGAAUUUUUACAAUCCUGCUAUUUUUGUCACACUCUGCUAUGCAGUGAGGUUUGUCUUUGGAUUUUUAGUAGUCUGGUGACCUCUAAACUGUCAUUGUUAGGGGCCUCUGCUCUCUCAGAAAAGUGAGCGUCCUGUGGUUGAAAGGCAGGGUGGUCUCAUUAUACUAACAGGUGUGUGUCCAGUGCCUUAAAUCAAAUGCUCCUUUAUUUUAUUCCUACUUUCUCGUCAAUCUGUCAAAAACCAGACUUGAAUCCUAUCCCUCUAUUUUUCUUCUGCUGUCACACAGUUAUCUCAUUACACCAGCACAGCUCAUCUCAAAAUGAUCUUAACAUAAUGGAAAAACACAAUGAUUUACAUAUGUUUUGUUUAGCUUUAUGUGUCUGUGUUUGUGUUAGUGAUCUUACAUUGAUGUUUAAUAAGUUAGGGCCCGAGCACAGAAUGGUGCACAUUAGAUGGCCCAAACAUGCUCGCUGUGCGAACAAUUAUAUAUUUUAGGGGUCUAAAAUUAUUUGGCAUGGCAAAAUGUCUCAAUUGCGCAGUUUAAAAAUCAAAGCCCCCUGCUUUAACUUCGCCCUAGAUGUAUGAAAUUCAGGAGAUAUCUCUCUCAGGCAGAAUCCUCCUGGAGCUGUAUGCUAUACCCAACAGGAAAUUCUCCAUUUUGAAUUUAUUGGUCAAAUUUCUUUUGCCAUUUAUACACCUUGUACUUUGAUGAAUUCACAUAGGGAAUUAAUUUAUUCUUCUUCAAUUGUGUCGGUCUAAUCUUAAUACACUGAUUGUAAUAAAUUGCAAACUUUUUUAGUUUCCGGCAAUUGCGUGGCGUGAAAUUUUGGUGUUUUUUGAUUAAAAAAGAUGUCCAGUCGCCCACGUACACUCACUACGUACCAUUACCUGGAUUGCUGACAAUCUUCAGUCCUUCAACAAUAUUUCAACUCCUGAAGAAUGUGGAGAUGCUUGCUGUCAAAGAGGAAAGAAGCUGGAGAUGGUGCCAGGCUUUUUGUACAGGCCACUUUUCAAAGAGGAGGCAAUACAUUUCUGACUGUUUUAUGAGAAAGGAAACCAAUAGCAACUCUGGACAAGGCCACUUCUAACGCAACUCCCUGAAAAUGGCCUUGUCUUGCAAGAUCUUUGAUUAUUUGUGGGUUGACAGUUAAUUUAAUGUCUUUGACCUCGGCCCAUAUUUUCAGUUUUUCCACGUUUUAAAGAACAUGUCACAAUAAGAAAUUCAACCAAGCUGUGGUAUAAUAAUAAUAUUCUCUUUCAAUGAGAUAGAUGACUAUGAGAGCAGAGACUAAUACAGAGUUCACAAAUAGUUAAGAAAUGAAAUAUGAAAAUGCCCAUGUGUCAAAUUAUAGUGCGAGUGCUGCUCACACAUCUGAUAGGCUUGUGCAAAUUAUGUAUGUAUAGUUAUAAUGUUAAAAAAUGGACACAGUAGUACAUUAAACAUCAAUAAACUGCUUAUAACCACUCUUAGUAUAGCACUACCAGGUUUAUUUAUACUGAGUGAGCAUUGGUAAACUGUCAAAUGCUAAAUACUUAAGGUAGCUGUGCUUGCUAGCUAUAUAUCUAUUAAAAUAAAACAACUACUAGCAACGAUACUUAUUUAACCCAACACUACAAAAAACUAUACAAUAAUUCUUAACAAAAACAAACUUUAAGAACAAUGAUACUAAUAAUAGAAUAGUAACAUGCUUCCACUGUCACAUAUGAUUAGUCUACAAAUGCUCUGCGUGCAGAACAGGGAAGGCUUUCGUACUUUGUCUAGGUGGGGAUGGGUAUUGUCACUGAUUUCCCAAAUCGAUUCGAUUCCGGUUCACAAGGUCCAGAUUCAAUUCAAUAUCAAUUCAGUUAAGGAUAUUUCCUUGUAAUACAAGUUUUUCUUGGAUAUGAAAGAACUAAAUGUUUAAAUUGUAACUUUGUGCAAUAUUAAAAAUAUUAAGGUAGGCCUGUCACGAUGACAAAUUUUGUUGGAUGAUAUAUUGUCCCAGAAAUUACUGCGAUAAAUGAAACCAUUUCACACCACUGAUAUAAUAAUAUAAUAGCAUAUUAAUAACCCUUUCAAAGAGCAAUGAACUUUAAAAUCUUGAGAAUAUCAGUCUGACAUUUGAAUUAGAAAUAAAAAAUAUUAAAACAUUUUAAAUAAAUAAAACAUAAGCAAAAAAACCACACACACAACCAAAACAAUAAAUGAAAUCACCCCCAACCAACAGCACCUGAAUGCAGCACCAAAAACGAAACUUAUUUUUCGCCGGGUGACGGGUGUGAGAGAACUCCGCCUCGCUCCAGGAGAGGAGAUGAUCGGAUCAUUUAAAUGAGGAUCAAUUUUAAUCAGAGAAUAUUUCCAAAUCCAGCUCUAUGUUCAAACAGCAAUUCAGAAAUCAGGAAAUUCUGACAGGGCGAAUGCAAUUCACUGUUAAAUACCAAUUCUUUUCUUACCCAUCACUAUAAAACAUUUUUCUUAUACCAUCUGCUCCCCCUUCUUUCCUUUGUCUUGUGAUUAUGGUGCAAGUCUACUUACUAUAUUGUUAGUAUCUUUGUCUCUUCUGCCCUUUCAGUUGUCACUCUUGAAAUGUUAUACACCGUCUCGUUCUCCAUUUACAAAGCAGAGGUUUUGUAAAUUAUGAGUAGAAUCUAUUAUAUCACAUACAUGUGCUGAUCUAUCCAAGAGCAAUGGCCCUUUAAUACUCCUUGCACCUUUAAUGUUCUUAAACCCUCUUUAGAAAUACAAUUUUUCGUCACUGUGUUGGGAUAGAGUCAUGAUUGCCAUUUUGUCUGGGAUUCAUUUGAAAAUGUUUAUCUGUUCAUGUUUGUUUUUGUCUACACCCUCUAUGUCUUUUCCUUGUUUGUUUUUUUUAAAUGUGCCUUUUACCAAAUUAAAUUUUCCUGAAUCUGAAAAAUUUGCAAUAAGAAUUUGAUCAAGUGCCUUUCUGAAAAAGA